AUGGUUAAACUAAUUAUAACGAUUUCUCUCAUGUCUAUGGUAUCUUUAUUUUUGUGCGAGCAAGUAGAAGAUACUUUAAUACUUUCUCAUGUGAUGGCAAGGCAUGGCCAUCGGACUGCGGAGAUGGAUUUUGUAUUUCCAACUUAUCCUCUCCAACAAACAUCGUUUUAUCCCUAUGGACCUGGAGAAUUAACAUUGGAGGGUAAAAAAAUAAUGGCCGGAGUUGGCAGGGCUUUAAGGGAGAGGUAUAGAAAUUUUUUGGGCGAUUGUUAUUCACAUGGUUUAAUAGAAGCCAUUUCUUCUGGCUAUAAAAGAACAAUGAUGAGCUUACAAUUAAUCCUAGCUGGGCUGUUUAUACCAUCAAACUCUUGUGUAUUAAAAGGAAACUUAAACUGGCAACCCGUACCGUUUUCGUAUUUACCAUUCAAGACAGAUAAAAUUAUAGCGGCGCACAGAACGUGUCCAAAUAUAUUUGCUGUACAAACCACAUUUAACAAGGACACAUUGGAAUUAAAUAAAUAUUUAACAGAGCAUGCAGGAUUCAAUAUCACUAAUUCCUUUGACAUAUAUACAAUAUUUUGGAGCAUACAAAAUUUGUUGGACCUAGGUUUUGAAGCUCCUGAAUGGAGCGUCUCGGUGUGGCCGCAACUAAUAAGAGAUGAAGAGAAUAUACAAUUUUUCGACGAUUUGGUUGAUCAAAAACUGAAGAUGUUAUCAGGUUCCCUGAUGGUUAAAAUCCACGAAGACUCCCAAAAGAAAAUAAACGGUACUUUUGAACCUAAAAUGGUUGUUUACUCAGGACAUGAAAUUAAUAUUGCUGGACUCAUGGGUGCAUGCGAGAUAUUCAACCGAGAAUUCAUUAAUUAUGGAAAAGAUUCUUUGAUACUUGCUCAUGUGUUGGCACGGCAUGGACAUAGGACUACUGAUAUGGAUUUCGUUUUUCCUACUUAUCCUCUCCAACAAACAUCGUUUUAUCCCUAUGGACCUGGAGAAAUAACAUUGGAGGGUAAAAAGUUAAUGGCUGGAGUUGGCAAGGCCUUAAGGGAGAGGUAUAGAGUUUUUUUGGGCGAUUGUUAUUCACAUGGUUUAAUAGAAGCCAUUUCAUCUGAUUAUAAGAGAACAAUGAUGAGCUUACAAGUCUUAUACGAGAAUUACGAAUUCAAUAAACCAGAAGUUAGGAAACUACCCGGAUGUUCAGAAUUCUGUGAAUUUGAAAAAUUUGUUGAAAUUACUGAGAAAUUUUAUCCAAACGAGAAUUGGUGUUCUUAA